AUGAGUCUUCCCAAUCAAGACCUUGGCACGGCAGGCGAGACCUACGGCCACAAGUUCAUCUGGACGGCCCAACACCCUGAUAUCUCCGAGCUCCGGAAGGGCCUCUAUACCUAUGAUACGCUCGCAUCCGAAGCCAUCGACAGGAUCGACGCCAUCUCGCCCCCUGUUCCAAACAAUGGACAGAAAUGCCCCAUGGGCCAGAGGGAUCUAUACGGACUUCUCCUCGAGCAUCGUGAGAAGGACGAAACUUUGAACAAGCUCUACCAUGAGAUAACCGAUAUCCCUGACUGGGUGGACUGGGCGCAGAUAGAACGAGGACAGCGAGUUGUCAAACAGUACCAUGGACAAGCCAUUCUUGGUCUCCUGCUCAACUCCCUGCUCGGGGGCAUGGCAGCCUGGCGUGUCGUCGAGACCCUAGCCCGCACCGGCGGCUUUGGCGUCAACGUGACUCGCCGUCGACUCCUCGAAACCUCACAGCACUUUAUCGAAUGCAUAGAGUCUCUCGACGCCGUCAAGCCCGGCGGCAGCGGCUACGUGUCUUCCGUCCGGGUGCGUCUGCUUCACGCCACGGUCCGCCGUCGUAUCAUCCAGCUGGCCAAGGACAAGCCGGGAUACUACGACAUUGCGAAAUGGGGUGUGCCCAUCAACGAUUUGCACCAGAUCGGCACCAUUGACGCGUACUCGACCGCGCUGGUGUAUUUAUCACUGCCAAGGCAGGGCAUCGUUCUCAGUGAGCAGAAGAUUGCAGAUUACCUGGCCCUGUGGCGCUGGAUCGGCCACAUCAUGGGCACACCUGUCGGAUGGAUGGAGACGCCCGAGCGAGCCAAGGCCAUGAUGGAGACUGUGAUGAAGUCGGAGCUCGAUCCAUCGAGAAACUCACAGAUCAUAGCCAACAACAUUCUCACGGCACAGGUCAACGUACCCCCGCUGUACGCCAGUAGGGAGUACCUCGCGGCUCUGGCGUACCGCGUCAACGGUGAUGCACUGGCUGCGGCUCUGCACAUUGACCGUCCAAGCUUGUAUUACCGUUGUUUGGCGGGGAUGCAGUGCCUGCUGCUCAUGAGCACGAGUGCCAUCUAUGGGUAUCUGCCCGAGACGAGGCAGCGUCGGAGAGAUGCGAGAUUCAUCGCCCACGGCCACGAAAUGGUCCGGUCCCAACGUCUGGGUGGUAUUGGUCACUCUUCCAAGUUUGAGUUUCAAUACACACCGGCCAUCGGAAAGAUGACCGAGAUGGCGGCCUUUGGCCCAAGCGCCACGCUCAUGGUGCUUAUGGCGGUGGUGUUGGUCAGUAAUCUCCUGUAUCCGUGGCAGGAGAUUGCAGCGCGUAGAGUGGGCGAACUCGUGAUGCCCGGCGAGCAGGUUCUUCAGGGAUUGUUGUGA